UCUGACUAAAGGCGUGAGCUGUAAGUGUGCACACACAAUACACGCUGGCGUGUACGUACGUGUACACUUCGCAUCAAUCUACACUCGGAGAGUGCAGUGCGAAACCGUAAGUGCGCGCGCCCUACAUUCCCACGAACCCCGUGAGGCAACACCGUUCGUUUGCACGGGAAACGGACGGCGUUCUUUUUGUUAGCACCUGAACCAAAGCGAAACGAUCGUCGUCGCUGACUGUAUUGGUGCGGUUUCGAAGUUGCAGUUUGUACGGGGCUUAGAACAGUCAACCGAUCGGCAGAGACAAGUUUUCUUGCUCUAAAGCGCCUUGAUAAUCCAACGUUGAUGAUGAUGAUGAUGUUGCGAAGCGGACACCAGUAAGGACCGGAGGAUAGGGGGUUUUAAUGCAAGCGGGCAGCGGUGGCCUACUGUAGCACCCUCCCGCCAUCCCCGGAACUAUGCACCACCGGUACGACCGUCAUCAUUAUCAUCGUGGCCGUUGUUGCCGUUACCUGAAGCGCACAGAAAGAUGGUCGACGGUGUGACGGCGUCCUAUAGGAGGGUAGGCCAGCGGGCUGCCAUUGAUCGUACCCGCCGUUUCCAUGCCCGUCUGCCGAUGGCAAGCGACGAGCUGCCGAACGUCGAUCGGAUGCCAGGGGGAGACGACCCGAUCGUUCAGCGACUCUGGGGAGAGCAACCAGAAGGAAGCAUUCUUCUCGCCAGCGUAGUGAGGGAAUUUUACCAGCGCCCGUGGGCGCGGUCCACCGGUGUGCUGGAGCCGGAAAGAUGUCCCCGGGAUGACGCAAAAGUCCACGCAAUACUAGCAACCGAUCGAAGCGACACACCCGUGGCAGAGAGGCGACCUCCGGGGACAAGUAAUGGACGCCGGUGUCGUCCGACGGUGGCCUGCAGUUUAUUGAUAACGCUGACGCAACUGCUGAUAGUGCUGGCCUGUCUGCUGCCAUCAACGAGUCGCGCCCAGGCAGCGUUCGGUGGCCCAUCGGACACUCAGCUGCAGGCGCCCCGGUUCACAACGCAACCAUCGUCGUCCGGCUCGAUAGUCAACGAAGGCCGCACGAAGAUCCUCCAAUGUCACGCACUCGGCUAUCCCCAACCGAACUAUCGCUGGCUGAAGGAUGGCGUCCCGGUGGGGAACUUUAGCAACAGCCAGUACUUAAAAAUUCAGAACGUGACACGGGAGGAUGCCGGGAAGUAUCAGUGCCAGGCGGAGAACAAGGCCGGCACGAUCUUCAGCGACAAGACGGACGUGGUUGUUGCCUACAUGGGCGUGUUUACGGAUCUGUCAGAAAAGGUUGUCUCGGUAACGUCGGGCUACGCGGCGAUCCUCAACCUUUCCUACAUCGACUCGGUUCCGGCCCCGUCCGUGUCGUGGCAGAGCGAGGAGGGUCCGCUCAGCUACGACAUCAAGUACGCACAGACCGCGAACAAUCAGCUGAUUAUCCUCAGCGCGGACGAGAGCGACAUUCGGGCGUACCGGGCGCGUGCGAUCAACACCCAGAUCGGACGCGAGGAGGUGACCGGGUACGUGCGACUGAACGUGACCGGCAGCCAGCACACGGAGAUCGCGCCGGAGAUCAUCGUGCAUCCGCGCAGCAUGAAGGUGGUGCGCGGGGCGCACAUGGUCGCGCUGGAGUGCAUUGCGAACGCGCGGCCCCUACACGAGCUCGAGACGAUUUGGCUGAAGGACGGCAUCCCGAUCGAGAACACCGGCAUCACGUUCGCGCAAACUGACCCGUGGAACCGGACGGUGGCGCUGCUGCACGUCAACCUCACGCACACGGGCGAGUACACCUGCCAGGUGCAGAUGCGCACUGGCGGCCACCCGAUCGUGUUCUCGAUGGCGCGCGUCACCGUGCAGGAGCCGCCGACGUUCGUGACGCCGCUGCGCACCGAAACCCUCGGCGAGUACGGAUCGCGCGUGGUGCUAGCCUGCGACGUCAUCGGAGAGCCGCUGCCGCGCAUCACCUGGUUCCGGAACGCGGCCCCCAUCGAGCAGGCGGCCGGCAAGUACGCCGUGCAGGACGACAACUCACUCGAGAUCUACAAGCUCGGCAUGGACGAUACGGCCAUGUUUCAGUGCCUGGCGUCGAACGAGGCAGGCGAGAAGUCUGCCUAUACCUGGCUAAAGGUGAAAACUUCCACCCCAAUAAUGGAGGUUCCGCCCGGCAAUCAAACCGUGCUCGAUGGAAAGGACGCCACGAUCAACUGUCGGGCGAUUGCUGCACCAAUUCCAAACAUCACUUGGAUCUACAAUGAAACGCUCCCGAUCGAAUCGUCCACCCGGGUGCAAAUUCUUGACACGGGCGAUUUGCUUUUAUCGAACGUGCGCGAAACCGACAGCGGUCUGUACACGUGCAUUCGCGAGAACGAGGCCGGUCGUAUCGUCGCGUCCGGUUUUCUAACCGUCCUGGUUCGUACACAAAUCAUCCGUCCUCCGGAUGAUAUGACGGUGUUGCUUGGGCACUCAGCUUCGCUGGAGUGUGGUGUUUCUAGUGAUCCGUCCGUGCCGUACAAUAUCGAUUGGUACCGGGAGCCAAAUCGGUUGCCGAUCAAGAAUAGCCAACGAAUCGGAGUGAAGGGUGAUGGCACGCUGGAGAUCACCGAGGUGCGCCCGUCGGAUGUAGGCCAGUAUUCGUGCAUCGUGACGUCGCCGGGCGGCAACGAAACGCGUUCGGCCCGGCUCAGUGUCAUCGAGCUGCCGUUCGCACCCUCGAACGUGCAGGCCGUGCGACUCAGCGCCCCGCAGCACCGUGCCAUCAACGUGUCCUGGACGCCCGGGUUCGACGGCAAUAGCAAACUCAUCAAGUUCAUCGUGCAGCGGCGCGAGGUGCCGGAACUUGGCCCACUGCCCGACCCGUUGCUCAACUGGAUCACCGAGGCGGCCAACGUGUCGGCCGAGCUGCGCUGGAUACUGCUAACCAACCUGAAGGCGGCCACUGCCUACCAGUUUCGCAUCAGCGCCGUUAAUCGCGUCGGCGAGGGCUCGCCCUCCGAACCGAGCAACGUCGUGAAGCUGCCACAGGAAGCGCCGUCGGGGCCACCGGUCGGGUUUGUCGGAUCGGCCCGUUCGUCGACGGAGAUCAUUAUCCAGUGGCAGCCGCCGGUCGAGGAGCACCGGAACGGUCAGAUCCUGGGCUACAUCAUCCGCUAUCGGUUGUUCGGGUACAGUGCGAGCCCGUGGAACUACCGCAACAUCACGAACGAGGCGCAGCGGAACUACCUCAUCCAGGAGCUGAUCACCUGGAAGGACUACGUGAUACAGAUCGCGGCGUACAACAACAUGGGCGUGGGCGCAUACACGGAUGGGGCGAAGAUCAAGACGAAGGAGGGUAUCCCGGAGGCGCCCCCGACGGACGUGCGAGUCGUUGCGCUCAACUCGACCGCCGUGCGCGUCUGGUGGACACCACCCAACCCGCAGCAGAUCAACGGCAUCAACCAGGGCUACAAGCUGCAGGCAUGGCGCUACGAAAGGCCACCGCCUCCUGGUGGUGGUGGUGGUGGUGGUGGUGGGGAGGAGCAGACCGCCUCGGGCCACUCCACCGAGGGUGAGGAGCCGGUCGAAACGGAGAUGAAGGUGCUGACGGUGCCGCCGAACCUGCUGGAUCCGCUGGCCGAGCAGAGCGAGGUGAUGGUGGGCUUGGAGAAGUACACCGCGUACAAUGUGACCGUGCUGUGCUUCACCGAUCCGGGCGAUGGCGAGCGCAGCACCCCGGUGCCGGUGCGCACCCUCGAGGACGUCCCGGAUGAGGUGAGCGCGCUGCAGUUCAGUGGCAUCUCGGACCGGGAGGUGAACGUGACGUGGGAGGUGCCGCGACGCACGAACGGCAUCCUCGUCGGCUACCAGGUGCGCUACUACCGGAAGGAGCAUCCGGAGGCGGCGCGCACGGUCAACCUGACGGCGGAGUCGCGCAGCCUGCGGGUGACACACCUGACCGCCACCACGCACUACACGUUCGAGGUGAGCGGGUGGACGGCGGUGGGCGUCGGUCCGCCCAAGAUCGCCACCAUCCAGUCCGGCAUUGAGCCGGUGCUGCCACACCCGCCCUACCAGCUGGCACUCUCCAACAUCGAGGCGUUCUCGGUGGUGAUUCAGUUUACGCCCGGCUUCGAUGGCAACUCGUCGAUCGCGCGCUGGAUCGUGGAGGCGCAGACGGCCCGCAACCUCACCUGGUUCGUCGUGCACGAGCUGCACGACCCGGACGCGUCCACCGUGACCGUGCUCGGGCUGACCCCGUUCACCAGCUACCGGCUGCGGAUUAUCGCGUGCAACGUCGUCGGGCGCUCGGAGCCGUCGGAGCCGACGAAGGACUUCCAGACGAUACAGGCACCGCCCAAGCACCCACCGUUCAACGUGACGGUUCGGGCGAUGAGCGCGACCGAGCUGCGCGUCCGCUGGAUCCCGCUGCAGCAGACCGAGUGGUACGGCAAUCCGCGCGGCUACAACAUCACCUACCGGAACAUACAGGAGGGCGGCCCAGAGGAGGCAGAGGUGGUGACGACCGAACUUGCCACCUCGGCGUACGGUGUGCGAAGCGUGCUGAUCGAGGAUCCGACCUCCAACUCGCACGUGCUCGACGGGCUGGAGGAGUGGUCGGUGUACGAGAUCGUCAUGACGGCCGUGAACGAGGUGGGCGUGUCGGCGGACAGUAGCCCGCAUGCGUUCGAGCGUACCCGCGAGGCGGUGCCGUCGGGUGGGCCGGCGGUGGUCGAAGCGAAUGCCACCUCCUCCACCACGAUCGUGGUGCGCUGGCACGAGGUGCCGAAGGUGCACCGCAACGGCCAGAUUGAGGGCUAUCGGGUGUACUACGGGUCGGCGGUGGGCCGCACCCGGCCCGUGCUGCACAAGACGAUCGCCAACAACUACACCUUCACGGCCACGCUGACCGAGCUGAAGAAGUUCGUCCAGUACGACGUGCAGGUGCUGGCGUACACGCGGCUCGGCGACGGCACGCUCAGCACGCCGCCGGUGCGCGUGCAGACGUUCGAGGACACGCCCGGCGCCCCCUCGAACGUCUCCUUCCCGGACGUGUCGUUCAGCAUGGCCCGCAUCAUUUGGGACGUGCCGGACGAACCGAACGGCGAGAUACUGGCGUACCGCGUCACCUACCUGCUGAACGGCUCGCAAAGCCUGAACUUUACGCAAGAGUUCCCACCUUCCGACCGGACGUUCCGUGCGACGCAGCUGCUCGCCGAGCGCUACUACCUGUUCAGCGUGACGGCGCAGACCCGCCUCGGCUGGGGCAAGACGGCGGCCGCGCUCGUCUACACCACCAACAACCGCCAGCUGCCGCAGCCACCGUCCGCGCCGCAGAUCUCGCGCUCUCAGGUGCAGUCGGAGCAGAUCACGUUCAGCUGGACGCCCGGGCGCGACGGCUUUGCCCCGUUGCGCUACUACACCGUGCAGCUGCGCGAGAACGAGGGCGCGUGGACGUCGAUCCCGGAGCGCGUCGACCCGUCCGUGACGUCCUACACGGCGAGCGGGUUGCGGCCGCACACGCACUACAUCUUCCGCAUACGCGCCACCAACGACCUCGGCCCCUCCAGCUACAGCAAGGAGAGCGGCCAGAUCCGCACGCUGCCGGCCGCACCCUCGGAGGGCAUCACCGGCCUCAAGGUGGUGCCCAUCACGACGACGAGCGUGCGCGUGCAGUGGAGCGCAUUGAGGGCGGCCGCCUGGAACGGAGACGCGGCGACCGGCGGCUACCGGAUCCUCUACCAGCCGCUGUCCGACUUUCCCUCCACGCUGCAGAGCACGCCCAAGCUGGACGUGCCGGGUGUCGCGCAGGAGUCGGCCGUGCUUGCCGACCUCACGCAGGACCGCAACUACGAAAUCAUCCUCCAGCCGUACAACUCGCAGGGGUCGGGGCCACCCUCGCCACCCGUCGCCGUGUACGUUGGCGAGGCUGUGCCGAUAGGCGAACCGCUCGACAUCGACGGCGUGGCUGUGUCGCCGACCGAGGUGCGUCUCCGCUGGAGCCCUCCACGCCAGAACACCCAGAACGGCGAGCUGCUCGGCUACAAGAUCUUCUACCUCGUCACCGACUCGCCGGAAGGGACGCCAUCUCCCGUGGCAACGAUUCCUGCCGCCGACCCGGAGGUGCAUCUCGCCGAGGCGGAAGUUCAGCGGGCCCGCCACGGUACCGCCGGCAAGCCGCAGGCGGCCACCACCACCGAGGAGGAAAUCGAGGUCGUGCCGGCGUCCUACAACACGCACAAUCUCGUCUUCCUCGACAAGUACACCGAGUACCGCAUCCAGAUACUGGCCUUCAAUCCCGCCGGCGACGGGCCCCGCUCCGCACCGAUCACGGUGAAGACGCUUGCCGGGUUGCCCGGUCCGCCGACGCAUCUACUCUUCGGCGACAUCACCAUGAACAGCCUCACCGUUAGCUGGGAGGCGCCUCGCAAGCGCAACGGGCUCAUCCUCGGUUACAUCGUCGCCUACGAAACGACGGAGGAUAACGAAAAAUUCAGCAAGCAGGUGAAGCAAAAGGUGACCGGCACCAGCCUGGUGGUGCAGAACCUAGAGGAGGAGGUAACCUACACGUUCACGGUGCGCGCACAAACCAUCGACUACGGGCCGGCGAUCAGUGGCAACGUGACGACGGGACCGCAGGACGGCUCGCCCGGGUCGCCGCGUGAGCUCACGAUUGCCAAGUCGCAGGCGAGCGUGCACCUGCACUGGAUCAACGGCCAGUCCGGCAAAGGCCCCAUCCAGGGCUACUACAUCGAGACGAAGAAGCGCGAUGAUCUGCGGUGGGAGACGGUGGCGCGCACGAACAACGGGCCGCUGCAGGAGUUCACCGUCAGCUUCCAGAACCUGCUGCCCUCGACGGCAUACAAGUUCCGCGUGAUCUCGUACAACCGCUACGGCAUCAGCUGCCCGGUGUACUCCGACGACGCGGUACUGACGCCGUCGAAGCUGUAUCUCGAGUAUGGCUACCUGCAGCUGAAGCCGUUCUACCGGCAGACCUGGUUCAUGGUAGCCCUGGCGGCCACCUCCAUCGUGAUCGUGAUCAUGGUCGUGGCGGUACUGUGCGUCAAGAGCAAGAGCUACAAGUACAAGCAGGAGGUCCAGAAAACGCUCGAGGAAUCGAUAGCGAUGUCGAUCGACGAGCGACAGGAGCUGGCGCUGGAGCUGUAUCGCUCUCGCCACGGCAUAUCGGCGAACGGGGGCGGUGGUGGUGGGGGCCUGAUUGGGCCGGGUGGUGGGCUGGGUGGAGGCGGUGGCACCGGCACCAUGAUCCAUAGCACGCUCGGACGCCGAACCGGCACGAUUCUCGGCCGCAAGGGUGGAGGCAGUGGGCCGGGCUCAAGUGCGGCAGCAGCCGCCGCCUCGCUGGGCAAAUCCCCGCCUCGACCAUCACCCGCCUCCGUGGCCUACCAUAGCGACGAGGAGAGCCUGAAGUGUUACGACGAAAAUCCGGACGACAGCAGCGUCACUGAGAAGCCGUCCGAGGUUAGCUCCAGCGAUUCACAGGCGUCGGAAAGUGAAAACGAGAGCGUCCGCUCUGAUCCUCACUCGUUCGUGAACCACUACGUCAACAACGACCUGCUGCGCCAGUCGUGGAAGCGCCAGAAGCCGGUCCGCAACUACUCCAGCUACACCGACUCCGACCCAGAAGGUUCAGCCGUCAUGAGCCUGAACGGGGGUCAGAUCAUCAUGAACAACAUGGCGCGUUCCCGGGCUCCGCUGCCCGGGUUCAGUUCCUUCGUGUGAGCGGUCGCAUCCGUAUUACUGGCAGCUUAUCGGCCACCCUUUCGGUACACUUACUUACUUACUGCCACUACUGUCGUGUUGGGAAGGGCGCGCAACUUACUCAUAGAUAGUUAAGCUAUAGAAUUUGACUGCUACGGCAUGCGAGGGAUAGGACUUGAUCUGAAGAAGGGAGGACUAUGUACUUCCGACGCGCUUAUUGGUCGUUCAGCUGAUAAGUUUUUAACUUUUAUUUUUUACUCUACUUUUGUGUAUGUUGCCGUACGUGUCUUACGUGGAACCUAGUAGUAGCAUAGAGGAUUAAAUUAAUGUGUAGUAUCAAUGGUCUUAGAGUAGAGUAGUGCCUAGGAGGAGCUGGUAGUGUUUCGAAGCAAUUUAUUGUUUAGCACACAACGCGAGGGAGAUCAGAAACGGACAUAACGAUGUCUUUAUGCUGUUGCUCGCCACUGCCACGGUCCUUGUGCGUUUUUUUUUACGAAACACAACAUUAAGAACGUGAUGCAUAUUAUUAUGACAAUGUCGCCCAACAAACGUUUUGAAAUGAUGACGAUCCGUUUGCCUUUAGCGAAGGAGAUGCGAUAUACGAUAGUUAGCCUAGUAGCACCAACCCUUUUUCAUAGUGAAAACGGGAAGGGGGUUAGAAUUUACUUAUAUACAACAAAUAUACAGAGUCACACGACACACGAACAUGCGAACAUGCAGAGCAAGCAAUAUAUCUGUACACGCAGGAGGAAAGUUUUAUGUGAUAACAACAUAUAUUCGACAAACAGGAGAUAGAGAGCGAGCGAGAGAGGAAAGCAGGCACGAUUAGGGAAAACGCGCCGAAUGGCAACUAGAUAGACGAAAAAAAUGAAGAAACAUGCAACGGUUGUGCUGCUAUUUGCCUUUGAAAAUGACCAAUUAUUCGUCCAUUUGAUACUAACUGAAAUUUGUGCGCGUAAUUGCAACCUAAGAAAAAGCCAUUUUCGUAAGUAAAAUUAUUAUACAAAAUAAACUAGACUCCCGCACGUCCACUGGGACGGAGC